CGUGUACAAUGUGUAGGUUGAUUCGAGGAAUCUCUACUCCGUGCGCAGCCUCGCUUUCAUGUCUACGAUUCGAUUAGCCCAUUGCUAAGCUGUGCAUUUGGGGACGAAGUAUUCGUCUACGAUCGAUGAACCUCCCACAGACAAAUUAUGGCAAAUAUUUGAGAAAAACGCAAGCAAUAUGGCAAUGUACGAGUCAUCGAAUCCAGAUACCAGAAAUCCAUAUUACUGCGCUAUUUGCUUGAACUUCUUUCAAGAUCCACGAAUCGUCGGAGGCUGUCUUCAUUUAUUCCGCUUACAGUGCCUUAAGGGAUACGUCGGCCAACUCCAGGGUAGCCGUACCUUCAUUUGUCCCCUGUGUAGACAGGAAUGUGUGGUUCCAGAAGGAGGAGUAGAUGCACUUGAAGUCAAGCUUGAGGAUAGACCAAGUCCACAGGGCUGCGAGGAAUUGAGCGGCAUCCAGGUCUCAGUCCAAAGAUCAACUGCUGGACAGGACCCUAUGCGAGCGGAAGGAACGAUAGCCAGUAUGUCCAAUCAGUUCAAAAAGCAAACAAUUACACCAGCUGUCUCCAAAGGUAACGAACCGCCAUGCAGCGUGUGCGGCAAUGUUGGGUCGUCACGAUUUUGCAAAGAUUGUCACGACAUCUAUUUAUGUGAGAAGUGCGCGAAGGCCCAUGAUAGCAAACCAAUAACACGUGGUCAUAAACUGAUCGAGGUUUGCAGUCAGCAUGGCAGGCCAGUCGAGGUCUACUGUCAAAACUGCGCAUGCGCAGCAUGUAGUGUUUGCCUCAUCGCAAUGCACUCUGGAGAACACCACGAAGUAGUCUCGAUCUUUGAAAUCUUUACGUCUGCAUUAGAUUCCUUGAGAGGUCUUGAGGGAGAGGUGAAUACGACCCUGACAGCAGUGGAUCAAAAUCGGAAGACGACGAUGGACAUAGCCUCCAGGCUCAAGAGACAGUGUACUGCAAAAUUAGCCAAAAAGGAAUAUGCAACUCAACAGAACACAGCGAAAGAGCAGCAGGAACUCCUGCAAGUGCAGCGCGAGGUUGCAUCGACAAGACAGAAACUAGAAGGGUUAAUAAAACAGGAGACCAAGCUCAAGGAACGUCAGAGAAAAACAGCCAAGGACGCCGAAGCAGAUAUCGAUAAAUGCAAAGCAGCAAUGACAAGUGGGACCACGGAUUUGACAACGCGAUUACGAGAGCUUGACGACGUCAAGACCAAGUUGUCUGAUCGUUUAAGGGCAAGCCAGGGUCUUCUUCAGAUUACCUAUUUCACUGCCGAGAAACUAAGCCAUCUACAGGCGGCGGCAACUGGUGUGCGCGAAAUGAUCGUGACGGGGAACAAGAUGGCAAGCGAAGCGAAAAGAACAAAUCAGAACUUGGAAUCCUCUUUUAAAACGCCGUACACCUUUCACAAGCGACAUUCGAAAGGACUCGUCCUAUCUGAAGGUGACAUUGUCGUCAGCUGGAGGCCGACGGUUGUUAAUUCAUACCAACAGUUUAUUGCCCAAAAGCGAGGGGUCGUGAUGAUACAUCCGCGAAUCGCACUUGGCGACCUUCUGGAGAUACAAAUACAAGCCGCAGCUGACCUGGCCUUUUCCCAUUUAGAAGAUAUUUUUUGGUUUUGUGCAGGCUUCACGCAUCGCGAGCCAGAGUCAAUUGACAGUGAUGAGGGGAUAGAAGUCAUUCGUCAAUAUAGGAGAUUGAGAAACAAGCAGGAGGACUUCAUCAGUGUAGAGAACUAUUACAUGGCAUUGUGUGCUUUUCCAGAAAUCAGUAGAGGUCAAGGUGGCGUAUUCACUCUUAAAAUUGCUCGACCUGAUGAUAAUUCAGCUGUUGUCAGCAUCCAUGAUAGGGGUUGCGAGGUCGUCCGGAAGAUUUAUCGCCGACCUCACUCGUAUUCCCCACCAAAUCAAUGCGAUCCUUACUUUAUUCUCUUCUUUGCGAAAAAAAUCGCGACAAUGCUGACGAUAGUCCCUAAAGCAGAACGUGAGGCAAAUGUGGCACAACGCUUCGCCGUACCAGUGGCAGCAGCCGAUUUUGCUGGUAUCGGUGAAUUUUGGGAGUAGUGAUAUUCCAAAAGCUCGAUGAGCAAAAUGUCCCAGCUAGCAUUAUUGUUAUAUGUCUGAAUGAAAAAAAAACCUGUUGAGGUUUUCAUAGGCUCAAAAACCUUUGGGGGCUUAGCAUAUUUCUCUGAAAAACCUCUUAGUACUCUUAAAACGCAAAAAGAUUUUUCAGAAGGUCAAAAACUUUAAUUUUUAAGAGUAUAGGGGAUCAGUCUGAAGCGAUAUGUGUUUGAAAUGUUUUUUUAAAUUUAGAAUUUAGGCGAGAGGUUUUCCGAGACGAGUAGAUAUAUCAACCACCUUGUAGUUAUCACAUACCGAUUUUUCACUUGCUCCAAAGUAGCAAAUGUCAUACUUUCCCCCAUUCAUUGGGAUUUAAAUGGACGAGUUUCAAAGAAGCCGAACGCAGUUUAUUAGGCUACGUCAAAACAACAGAAUCAGAGGAAACGGUGGACGGCUGGGGCUCAGUCUGCAGCCAAUAUCUGUAACACCAUGGGUAAUUUUCCUUCUCGGGGCAGCUAUAUUAUAAAUGUCACUAUCCUUCUGUGCUGCGAAAUUUACGCCGGCCGGGUGCAAAAUACAUGUACGUGCUUUAAUCAGAUACAUUGUACAGUCCAAAUCACAAUUGUCAUCCCUAAAUUCUUGUCAUUGACGCGCUACCCAGCGCGUAGGUCGAGCGUAAUUUACGCAAAACUGAAGGAAAAGCCUGGUUGUUCAAAGUUCUGUUAUCUGGUUUAGCAGCCUCUAAAUCACCGCUAUCUUAUCAGGCCGCCAAAUUCGCUCCGUUAGGCUUAGCGGCCGCCAUGCCACCGCUAAGCUAGCGGUACCUCAAGGAUUUUUUCGUGGGCUGCUGCCUAGUUUUAGCGGAACCCUGAGUUAAGAAGCCGUCGCUAAAACUUAGCAGCCGCUAAACUAACCAGGCUUUGAACAACCGGGCCUGCUUCUUUGACGAGCAUUGCGCGUCACUAGGGAGUUUUUGCAAAGCCCCCUAAACGUCCACGUCCACGCCUAUCCCAUUGUUCGACUUCAUCAUCAGGAGAUAGACGUUCACGUUGGCGUUUCGGGAGAUUUGCAAAAAACUCCCUACUGACGCGAAGCAGGACGGAUGUCAUUUGUGAUUCGGACUGCAUACAUCUGCGACCGUGAUAGCUUCCAUUGCGACGUCGAGGGAACGUUGACCUAAAAUUUGAAGGAUAUUAAUAUCUCAGCAAGUACGUUUACCUCAGUACAAAGACAAGCGUUGGUUGUCUAGCCUGGUGGUAAACUGUCAGUGAGUGCAGGUUGAUCACUCAGCAACGGUUACCAUGGGUAAGUUUGGAGAUUGCGGGAUUCCCGAACUCAUCUCCAUGUAUCAGACCAUAGACAAGAAAAAUCAAUUCGGAAAAUUUGGAUAAUACAUGUAGUACACACGAGUGUAUCGGGAGGCAUUGUAGACACUUAAGUAUUGCGAUUUUCAUGAUAAAGAUUUAAUGAUGACAUCUUUGAUGACAUAAAUUUAGCUCAGUAUUAUUUUUGGCUCACCGUAAGGGGAGUCUAUACGAUAGCGCUGUGUCCGUCGGCGGCGGCGGCGGCGGCGGCGGCGGCGGCGUCGUCGUCGUCGUCCGUCGUAUCCUGUUUCAUAAACAGUGGCACGUUUCUUAACCGCUAGGGCUAUGAUCUUGCGACACUGAAUUUCGGGCCGAUCUAAUUCUCAACUUGGCCUCCAGGGGGCCAAAUGUCGAUAUCUAAAAAGUGUGAUAUCUCGCUUAUUAGUGACUUGUUUUCAAUGAAACUUUUGUUGUAGGUACUCAUAGCAAAUAUACAUCUUAUAUCAUACGGGUUUUUAAUUUGACCUACUUUUCAAGGUCACAGAGGUCAUAAGGCGUAAAUUGGCCGUUAGAGUGUAAGCUAUGGCACGUUUCUUAACCACUAAAGCUAUGAACUUGAAACUUGGUACAUAUAACCCCCUAUAUCACAUAGCCUCUGGUGCUGAAUUUCAGUUUGAUCUGAUUCUCAACUUUGCCACCAGGGGGCCAAAAGUGGAAAUCUAAAAAGUGUGAUAUCUCGCUUAUAAGUGACUUGUUUUCGAUAGAAUUUUUUAUGGUAGGUACUCUUAGGAAGUAUACAUCACAUAUCUUACGGGUUUUCAAUUUGACCUACUUUUCAAGGUCACAGGGGUCAAACUCUAAAAUUUCACCGAUAGUGGCACGUUUUGUCUUUAUUCGUCCUAUAGUCUUUAAAUUUGGUAUGAAGACACCUGUUACGUAGCUCUACAUGUUAACAAAAAACAGGUCGAUGUGGCGUACUGUUCAAGGUCACAGAGGUCAAAUGGUGUGAAUUGGCUGUUUGUGUGUAAAUAUGGCACGUUUCUUAACCACUAAAGCUAUGAACUUUAAACUUGGUACACAUGACCCCCUAGGUCAGAUGACCUGUGACACUGAAUUUCGGUCCGGUCUGAUUCUUAACUUGGCCACCAGGGGGCCAAAACCAAAAAUUUGAAUAGUGCCAUAUCUCGCUUAUUAUAGGCCCCAGAUCCCGUCUGGGGACUAUAUUGUUAUCACUGGAAUUCUCGAAACUGUUAUUUUUUUCCACCAACACAUUUAUUGCGGUAGUCCAGCAAAACGGCUAAAUAAACCAGAAAUCAAUCACCCUUACACCACCAAACCCAAUUCCAUCUAUGGACUAUCGCAAAAGUAUUUUUAAAAUCCUGAGUAUUUCGAUACUUUUGAAGCAUUUUUGCUGAGAUAUCGUCUGAUCGUCUUCUCCCAACAUGCCGAAGCUGCGAUUUAAUCUGACAUGCGCUGUGACAUGCGCAGAGGCGAGACGCUGAUACAUUAGCAUAAGCUCCGCCCCGUCAUAAUGACGUCAUUAUUCUCAGGAGUUGGUCGAGCGAUUGGACGAUGGAGUGGAGGUAUUAUAAAGAAACCCAAUUCGAUUCAUGGACUAUCGCAAAACGAUUUUUCAAAACUCAGAAUAUUUCGAUGCUUUAGAUGCGUUUUUAUGACUCCAGCUCCUCCCUCUGAGAGUUGGAAUUAGUAUUGUUUUCGCUCAGAUUUCUCGUCCAAUCACGUGACCUCUCCAACACUCGAUAAUGCACUCUUUUCGUCCACGUUUUAGGCCAAUCUUCGGCAUGAACAUGAAAUCUAAUAAGCGCAGUACUUGAAUCAGAUGUUUCUCUCGCCUUGAAAGAUUCCUGGGUAAAAUCCAUUGAGAUUAGCCGAGUUAAUCUACUUUUUCCGUGCUUGAAAUCUCUGCCGCUGAAUUCUAUAAAUAGAAACUAUUAACAUCGCGGCAGUGUGGUUCCCAUUGUGCGCCCUCCCACUUCACACCAUGUCUGGAAGUUUCACGGAGAGGGAGGGCGUGCGGUAAGAAGAAUGGCCAAAAUGACGUCACGUUUUCCUGGCAAUGCCUCUUGCCAGACCAGUCAAGCAUUGGGAAAGCAUCUUUAAUUCAGACAACGUUAGAACUAAAGUAAAAGCAGAUUUCACCACUAACCAGUCAAAUCGGAAUACGACGGUGCAAAAUGUUCUCGCUUUCUACUCUGUUGACAUGACGACUACCUGGGGACUAUCAAAUUUGCUACCAGCAAAUUUCGGAAUUCUAGUUACUGAUUAGUUUUUGGUAACAAUUUUAUGGUAGAUACAUCACAUAUGAUACGGGUUUUUGAUUUGACAUACUGGUCAAGGUCACAGAGGUCAAAUGGUGUAAAUUGGUCGUUUGAUUGUAACUAUGGCACGUUUCUUAACCACUAAAGCUAUGAACUUGAAAUUUGGUACACAUGACUCCCUACGUCAUGUUACCUCGGACACCGAAUUUUGAUCUGAUCUGGUACUCAACUUGGCCACCAGGAGGCCAAAACUAAAAUAGGUAAAAUGUGCAAUAUCUCGUUUAUUAGGGACUUGUUUUUGAUGAUAUUCUUAUGGUACUUACUCCAAGCAACGAUACAUCACAUGUCAUACCGACUUUGGUUUGACCUAUAUACUAUACAUGUACAAUGUUUCUUAACCUGGAUGAAUUCCAAAGCACCAAAUAUCUAUACGGUGAGCACAAUGGCCCCUGGCCGUUUCAUUUUAUCUGAUCCUCUGUUUUGACGUGACCAGUUUCUCAAUGGUGCGACACAACAUUUCAUAUAUAAUAGUAUCUAAACCUGGGGCGUUAGAACACUUUAGAGACUUUGAACUCACUAAGGGAUAGCGGAUAGUAUAAUUCUUCACAUGUAUUGAUUUGGAGUCGUCAAACAUGGUUUCAAAUACCAGAUUCGGAUGAGGGACCAUCGGCAGGCUUGUUCU